AUGACUGAGGUUCAAAAAGAACCUCCUCUUGCCUCCAUUAAUCCCUCCGAUACAACAUCCAUGCCCUCCGAACAAAGGACCAAGUGCUGUACCGUCUGUAAUGGUUGUGGGUGCAGCAAAACUGUCCCAAUGAAGGUACCCAUUACUGUUUUGACGGCACUCUGGGGAUUUCUCACUAAUGUGGAACGUGCAAUUAUUUUGCCCACAAUGUGGCUCUACUUCACAACUUAUUGGAGCGGUGAAGUUGCCAAGUCGUGGUACGGAUGGACAAUGGCUUCAUUUAGUCUUUCUGUGCUUAUUUUUACUCCAGUUUAUGGCUAUGCUGCUCACCGUGGAAUUCAAACCAAACAUCUCCUUGUUUUUGCUAAUAUCAUUGAACUUCUUGGCAACCUCGCAUAUCUUGUCGCACAACAACCGUGGGUGGUCCUGGCAGGUCGGUUCAUAUCCGGCAUUGGUGGUAGCUGUGAUACACCAAUGUAUGCUGACCUCGCAAGAACCACCUCGAUCAAAGAGAGGACCCCGUACAUGGCUGUGACCUUCGUCUGCAAGCAAAUUGGAAUUGUUUUUGGUCCUGUCUGCACACUUUUAAUGCACAAACUUCAUUGGACUAUGGGCGACUUUAAACUCAGCGUCUACAACGGACCUGGCUUGCUUAUGGCCGCUCUCUGGGUGAUUCACACCCUGUUGGUCAUUUUUUUCUAUCCCGUAGUACAAAAGCCUCCAAGAGACGCCAUUCAUCUCACGUCUUCAAGCGAAAAAUCAGAAUCAGCUAGGCUCAUUCAGUCCACACCAAGUGACCGUAGUUGUUGCGCUUGUGACUGCAAUGAACUGAAGCCGUACAGGACUUAUGCAGUACUUUCAAUGUAUCUAAUGGUGUUUGCCGCCUACUUCUGUGUAAUGAGUCUUGAGACAGUCCUUCCACCUGUUGUGGAUGUUCACUUUAAUUGGGACGAGGUGAAGGUGAGCUAUGUUUACCUUGGGGCUAGUGGACUGCUGAUUAUCAUGUGCAUAAUAUUGCACAUUAUUUCGCAGUAUGUUGAAGACCGAAGGCUGGCCCUGGUUGGAUUCAUUUUGUUGGUGUGCGCCUAUACGUGGCUUACAUUCACGACUUAUUUUAUCAAUAGCCUAACAGUUGAACUCGGGGCUCCUCUACUGAUAGCUGGCGUUGCCAUCCAUGUUAUUGGAAUGCCCCUGGCGCUUGCCGUUACUGAAUCCCUCUACACCAAGCUUGUUCCCCCAAAUGACCUUGAUCGUGCCCUCUCGUACUUGAGAUGUGUCAGUAAUUUUGCCUUCCUACUUGGCCCCCUUGAAGGAGGCAUAUUUGUGCAGUAUGCAUUCGUUGUGUUUCUUGGAAAUUUCCUAAUUUGUGCUCUGGGGUUGGGCCUUUUGGCCGCAAAGUAUCACCUCUUUCGACCGGAAUUAGGAUUUAAAACCUCCGCCUAUGAGAACUUUAAAUCGGACACUAAAUGA